CAAAGCAUUCUUGUAUUGGUUGAGACAGUUGGUUUAAAAUAAAAGUGAAGAAGUAGCCAUAAAUUUAUUUUUAUUUUCUUGGCAACUUACCAUCAACACCUUGUUGGUAUUUAGUGUCACUGCUUUACGCAAGAUGGCGAUAGCAGAAAUUUAAAAUUAGAUUUUUCUUUGUAAUAGCGGAAAUAUAAACAAUAUAUCACAACUUUAGAAAAGUAGUUCAGUGGACGUAGCGCUUUUUAUAUCUCACAACAUUCUAUAUUUAGAUAUUAUGAAAUUCUAAUUUUUUUAUACGACACUGUGUAAUUAAACCAAGCAUAAUUUCUUUUUAAAUGUAUUUAUUUUUCUGGUAAAGGAGGCAUUCAAGGGAGCACUUCUAAAAUUGGUGAUUGGUUCGACAUUAUUUAUAUAUAUUUUUAUGUAUUCUUGUAUCAAGGGGAAAGCUUUAUUUUGUAUGCUUUUAUGUACGUUGCACAACGUCAGAGUAAUACCUGAGCCAGCUGCGAAGAAACUGAACCCGACGAGGCCGCGCCUCACAACCGAUGCCUUUGCUAAAUACAACACAAAUGCUAAGAAAUCUCCCACGUCGCGCGUGGACCAGGCGUGGGGCGGCGCGGGCGGGGCGGGCGCGCCGCGGCCGGCCUCGCUGCCGUACGGGCGACCCGCGCCCCCCGCCGCGCCGCGCCGCGCCGCCUCCUCCUCCGCCGCCCGCCACCAGCACGGCGCCGCGCAGAAGAACAAAUACGUCAGAACGCUAUGGCAUAGGCUGCCGUCAGAUUCGGGACAUCUCGCCUUCAACGAAGGCGAAAGGCUCCGUCUGAUCCUCGAGGUGGACGACCAAUACUUGCUGUGUUGCCGCGGCGACCAGAAAGGGCUAGUCCCGCGGGACGCAGUGCUCCUCGAGGACUUCUGAUAUUGGCCUUCCGACCAGGAGUGGCAGCCAUGUUGGAGGCCGCUUAGGUUCGGCACCAACCCUCCAAGAAAGUAAAGGAUUUUCACGGCCGUAGCUAAGAUUUUGUGAGUGAGUUGAGUACUUUUUAAUUUUAAAAAUUUUCAAUCAAAACAAACUAUAUGCUAGAUGGGUAAGAUCCUCAGUGACAGCGUAGCUACGGCCUUAUUGUGAUCCCGUUCAUAGCGUAAUCGAGGACUGCCACGGCGUUGUGACGCUGUAUAUUCUGUGACAGUGAGCAAGUGAACCUGUGCAAUAGGUAUAGAAUGUGAUACAAAUCGGAACACUACGUUAAGAACGUUUAUAAUUCGUGCGAUCAAGUCUGAACAUAUGAACGCUUUUGGGGACAUUAAUACUGUACAUAUAAUGCCUAGUUUAGGUGAAGGAAUGUUUCUCUGUCAUUGUGUAUGUUUGUUUCGUUAAAGUUGCCUUACAAUAAUCAUUACCUGAAUCUUACAUCACCGCGCGAAGUCUCACAUGUUUAAUUCUGUAGUAAAAUCUAGUCUUACGUUAUAAAUCACGACAAAGUUUUUGUGUGUAUAUACUAUUAUUAAGAAGCGUUUAUAGUGAGAAUAUUUACUGAUGAUCAACGAGCAUUAACAGUAAAUGUUUAUCUCAAUCGGAUGUGAUAUAGAUUACAUACUAUUUAAUUAUAUAAAAAAUAUCCUUUCAAGGAGAACCCUGAUCGUAAGGAAUUAUUUGAAAGUCGCUUCUACCGAGAGAAAGGCACCGAUUAAAUUGAUGUCGUGUAAAUUAUAAUAGAAUCAAAUGAAUUCGUUGAUGUUUACGUACAAUCGUAUUGAAACGGCCGCACCCAUCCGACGAGGUUCGCGGGCUGUGUGUAAAUAUAUCCUUAUACGCAUAGUUGUUUGUGUAUUUAGAUACUGUGCGUUUAGCAAAUUAAAUUGGCAAAUUUACUUACGGAAUUGUUUUGGUGCGGUAUGUGUAUUUGGAUAGUGUUAAUAUUCCACGGAUUGCGUUAACUCCUCGUAGUACUGAUCGCAUGCAGCCUAUCCUGAACACCUUCCUGUGCAGUCUGUGGGGUCAGUCGGGUGGCUUAACAUGUUCACGAUACUAACUGCACGACUCCCACCGCCUCGCCUCUCCUGAAGCCGACCUGCUGUUACAACGUCGGUGUCACUCGGUGUUGGAAUAACAACCUGGGAACAACUAAUUGCAUGAGCCUCUCCGUCUCUCACUCCUUCAGUCCAGCACUGUCGAUCAAUUAUCAACUCAUUGACAUUUAAACACGUACUAAUUUACCUUACCGCGCCUACAAAUUCAACGAAGUGGGUGUAUGUGAAAAUGUAUAUUGUUUUUGUGUAAAUUCAUUUCGUAAUCGUUUGCUUGUAUUAUCAAAUAUUGUGAUAUUGGUCAUAUCGCAGCUUCUGGGAAGCGUAGAGAAAUGAUAUUUUUGGUAUGUCGAUGUAUUGCUCAAGUCGGAAUCACAACGUUUUGGAUAUGAUAUUAUGGAUAUAAAUACUCCCUUAUACGUAUUAUUGUACUUCUCGAUGUUUGGUGUUUGUUUAUCGAUAUAUUAUAAUGUUGUACAUAACACGUAUUAACGAUAAUCUCGUAGUUUAUAUGAAAAGGUGAAAGUAACCAAACCUUUUGAAUGCACGAUACAGUUCCUCGCGUAGUCCGUCGUGCUGUCUCUCGCACACACGUGUAGCGUUGUGUUGAUUAGAAAUCAAAAUUAAUAUAAUCGGUGUGAUGGUGCCUUUUCUCGAGCGGACGCGACGUAUCGAAGUUCUUGCCAACAACGUUCGCACCAACCAGAGGCUCGUCGACACGAUAAUCUCAUUAAAAUAAGAUGAACGUUAGUUGACAUGAUAUAGUACUGCGAUAGGUAUAAAUUAAACAAUAAUUAGGUUAAAAUGUUAUCAAAAUUAUAGUUGAAAUAUUAGAUCACGGUAGCCCCGUAUAGUGGUAAAUUGUGACAUCAACUCUGUAUUAUAUAUUUUUUUGGAAUGAAUUCAUAAAUCUGCGCUUUGUGACUGAAUGAUGUGAUGUGGCCUUUUGUAUGUUAUAAAGUUGUGAUGUGUGUGUGCUUGUUGCAUCGGUCGGUGAGUCGAUAUAUGUUUAUUCAUCGUGUCUACUUAAUAUAAUACUGUACGUAUAGCAUGAGGAAGCUUCCACAAAUUAUUUAUGUAAUUUAUAUUAAUCUAAUCUCCUAAUAGCCGUUAAAGUAUUAGUCGAGUAAACAUGCCUUAAAAUAUUCAAAUGACUUAAUGGAACAUAGGCGAUGCAUGGUGAGUCGAUGGCGUUUGCUUUGCGAUAGCUUCACACGUAAUCGCUUUGCAGUUAACGCGUGUAUCUUUUGCAGUAACCUUAGGGGAGUUUGUUAGAAGUAAGUUUUUAUGAAAGGUUUGUAUUAUUGAACGAUGUUGAAAGAUUUUUUUAUAAAACGACAUCCUGCGCGUUCGUUUUAACAUAUUGUUGGAUACAUGUGGUGAGUCAUUUGUCCUUGUGGGUACAAACGUUAAGUUAUUACUGUCGAAUUUGUUUAAGAUUUAAUUUAUAAUUUUACGAUUGGGAUCAAUAAGUUGAAUUUUGUGUUGAAAAUUUAUUUUCGUAUAAAAUAAUAAAAAUGUAAGAAAAACAGGCUUUCGUUAAUACGAAACGUCAACGAACGACUGAGAAUCUAAUUCCGAAUAUAUUAAGUUUACCUCGAAAAUCAAAUUAACAAUUUCGUUUCGACAAGACAUGUUGUCAAUCAGUGUAUGUAUUGUUAUAUUUUUAUUUGUGUUAAGUGCCAUAAUUUAAUGAAUUAACAAUUGAUAAAAUAUUAUUGUAAUGCAUAACCAUGUACACCAAUUAAAUAAUAUAUAAAA